AUGGAGAGGCGCUCGUCAGGUUCGUCCGAGGAUAGCAUUACUGCGUCUGUCGAGACACCCUCAGCCAGCACCGAUGGCCGACAGACGAUACCGAACGGCUCGCGCAGUGUAGGGCAAACCGUGCCUUCGGACCGGCAGUCCGACAGACCGGAAAAGACGGCGCAAAAUGCAAGCAGUAGACACUCUUUUGCAAGGAUACGGCGUCAGAGCAGUAACAUCAAUUGGAAGCCGGCCCACUCGAGAAACGGCUCACGCACUGGUUCCUUGGAGAAAGAGGCGUUCGCGCAACCACAUACCACCUCAAUCCUGGUUACAAAUUCCCCAGACAGUGACACUGGCGAGGAGGAGGAAAAGAUGGCAGAUAAGAGGCAGACGGGACACCGGCCAUGGAUGCGUAGUCCAUGGCGCAUGACCCUCAGGGCCUUUUUGACGGCAGUCAUAGGCAUAUCACUGCUGACAGCCAUUCUCAAUUCUUCAUGGACACGCCAGCUGGAUUCCAAGGGUUGCCGCAUGUCCUAUAUGAGUCCAAGUUAUGUUCAUAUGAGUGACUUUGAUACCGAGCAUACAAGAUUUGCUAGCAAGUACUCAUUGUACCUUUACAGAGAGAGUGGCAUUUCUGCCGGCAACACGGUCACGGGUAUACCGGUUUUGUUCAUCCCAGGCAAUGCUGGAAGUUACAAGCAGGUCCGACCUAUUGCAGCCGAAGCUGCCAGAUAUUUUCACGAUGUGCUGCAGCACGACCCAGUGUUAGCGGAUGCUGGGAAACAAAAUCUUGAUUUCUUCACAGUGGACUUCAAUGAGGAUUUUACUGCCUUUCACGGACAGACUAUACUGGAUCAGGCCGAAUAUUUGAACGAAGUGAUACGGUAUAUAUUAUCUCUCUACCUGGAUCCAAAAAUGUCCAGGGGCCGCAAUCCGGAUCUGCCAGAUCCAGCUUCUGUAAUUGUCUUGGGUCAUUCCAUGGGAGGCAUUGUAGCCCGAACCAUGCUGGUUAUGCCAAAUUACCAGACAAAUUCCAUCAACACAAUCAUCACCAUGUCCGCCCCCCAUGCUCGACCGCCAGUAAGCUUCGACUCCCAGAUUAUCAAAACCUAUGACGACAUCAACAACUUCUGGAGACAAGCUUAUUCUCAAAAAUGGGCCAACAACAAUCCCUUGUGGCAUGUCACACUCGUUUCUAUAGCUGGAGGUGGACUCGAUACCGUCGUUCCGUCUGAUUACGCCAGUGUGGAGUCAAUUGUCCCAGCGACUCAUGGCUUCACUGUCUUUACGACUUCGGUUCCUAAUGUGUGGACGAGCAUGGAUCAUGCUGCAAUUUUGUGGUGUGACCAAUUUCGCAAAGUCAUCACGCGCGUGCUCUAUGAUAUCGUCGAUACUGGCCGGGCUUCUCAAACCAAGCCUCGGGCAGAGAGAAUGAGAGUGUUCAAGAAGUGGUUAUUGACGGGAAUGGAAGACAUUGCUGAAAAGACUCUCUCCCAUUCGGAUCCACAGAUUCUCUUGACUCUAGAGGAUAACUCCAACACCGUUCUCAAACAAGGAGAACGCCUUGUGCUCCAUCAGCUCGGCCAGGCAGGCAAACCGCGAGCGCACCUCCUCCCAAUUCCACCUCAUUCGUCUUCGGAGCCAAAGCGAUUCACUCUCCUAACAGACACGAAAUUGGACUUGGCUGGAGACAACGGCAAACUCGAAGUCUUGUUCUGCACGGUCUUUCCCCUGCAACCAGGAGCAUCCAAUAUCUUGUUUUCAAUGAAUAUGGACCUGUCAGGCGACAGCACAGGCUCGACUCGCCUCGCUUGCAAAAACGUCGCCCCCGACCUGAUUACACUUCCUAGAUCUACAGCACGCACGGAAUUCCCAUUUUAUCGAGAUGGUGAGCAGCCACUGGCGCCGUUCUCUUAUUUGCAAUACGAUCUGGAAGAUGUAGUCGAGUAUGAAUUCGUGGCUGUCGUUGAGAAAGCUACAUCAACGACUCCUGGUUGGCUCGUUGCCGAGUUCAGCGAAGAGAAGAAUUAUCUGCUAUCCAGCCAUGUCAGUCUGCAACGACUGCUUUCCUUUGGGCUUCAAGUUCAGCUUCCUGCAAAUCACCCGAUGGUGACGGAGCUCAGGAUACCAUCGGUCAAAAGCAGCAUGCUGGCAUAUCAUCUGGAAAUCAGCAAGCAGUCUUGUGGCAACCGCGAACACUUUGCGCCCCUUGUACGGCAAUAUUUGAGCGAACCAUACGAGUCUAAAUUCUUCGUGAACGCGAGAGAUAUCAAGGUCAGCCUGCAUGGAGUUGCGCCUUAUGUGCCUCCACCGAUGAGAGCCAAGCGCUCUCAGGACGGGCUCAGUUUCCAGUUUUGGACAGAUCCCUCUUGCGACUCUGGCUUGUCUCUUCGCCUGCGCGUCGACCCAUACGGCAGCCUUGGAAAAUUGUACAUGCGCUACCGCACUGUAUUUGCGGCCUUCCCGCUACUUGUGGUCACUUUGGUUUUGCGAAAGCAAUUUAGGGUCUAUGACAACACUGGGGUGUUCAUUUCAUUCAUGGAUGGCCUCGAUAGUUGCCUUCGACAGUCACUACCGCUUCUUCUGCUGUCCUUAACCCUUUUCGGGUUAUCCGUUGGCCAUUCCGGCUCCUCGACUGGCUCCUGGUUGUGGAAGAAUGUGGCAGGCUCUGUGAAUUUCCAACAAAACGACCUCCUCAUUGGCACAGCGGAUCCAUUUUUCUGGUUUCUGGUGCCCAUGAUUGGCGUCUUUGCAUAUGUGGUUGCUUGCUUAGUGCAACUUAGCACAAGCGUCAGAGCUCUACGCUUCUUUCGCGAGGCCCCUUCCAUCGGAAAUUCGAACUUUUACAACUACGUCCACUCUAUUCUACUACUUAUGCUAUGGGUUCUGCCCAUCAACCUACCUACCCUGGUCGUGUGGGUACGAAAUCUAGCUGUCCAGUGGUUCACACCAUUCUCGUCACAUCAUAAUGUGUUGUCGAUCCUGCCUUUCAUUUUCAUGGUUGAGACCUUGACGACAGGCAAAAUGGUGCCGCGGCUCACAAGUCGAUUGAGACACCUGACAAGCUUUCUGCUCUUCGGCAUUGCCAUAUAUGCGGCUGUCUAUGGCGUGUCGCAUGCCUACAUGUUGCACUAUCUGAUCAACAUUGUGGCAGCUUGGCUCGUAGCAAUUCAUUCAACGACUGAUUCGUUUUCGGUUGCUGGAAUGAGAGCCCUGUUCGAUGGUGAUCUCUCAGACCACCGCAAACAAGGCAAGAAUCCAUAA